UGACGAUCUUGGUCGUCCCCCAAAACGGGCCGUGAUCUACUGCACAACAUUCACUCCAUCGUUUCGAUAUUCACUUCGCCGAAGAGCAUGCUCCUUUCUUUCCUCUUAUUCCAGCACAUCCCGCUAUAAGGGUUGUCGGGAGCCCAGGCGUUGGGACUCCAGCCUUGCAUUCACUACCCAUACAUAUUGUUGUUGUGGCUUGUCGCUCUUUAUCAUGGCUUUCGAAAAAGCGCAGCUCGGGUCCCUUGGGUGGUUCUACAUCGCCUUCGAGAUCUGUUGGAAUGUCUCGCUCGUUGCUGCGAUGGCCUUCCUGUGGAGGCAUCGUGAGCUUCCGUCCAUACGCAUGAGGAGGCUUCCUCUUCUGUUCAUAGGAGUAGGCGCACUCCAUGUCUAUGGAGCCAUCAGUAUCUUUGCGUAUCCGUUUGGCGCAUAUUUCCCUUGCUCCGUGAUCUUCUGGAUGAUGAGCAUCCUCGUCCCAUUUGGUAUGGCGAUGUUUCAGGCCGCUAAUACCCAGUUCCUACACGUUGCCAGCCGACAGAAGCAGCUUGCACAUAUGAGCACGUUGAAAGACCAGAAGCCGAUCAGUGAGAAGCAGGCCGCGGCUAUGGGCAACAAUCAUUUCUCAAGAAUCGUCUCUGGUGUCGAGAGAGCUGAUAGAGUCAGUCGCUCUUUGGUCUUCAUCGGAGUGGGCAUGGUCGUUCAGGUCGCAGCUACAUUGCUCGUGUUUCUCGGCUCUGAGAAGUUUCACCCUGGCUUUGGUCUCUGGGAUUACACUGUCCAAGGCACCGAGGCAGAGUUGUAUCUCAAAUGCAACCAAGGUUGGGAAUGGUGGGCCUCAAUCGUCUGGCAAUUUGUCUGGGCUUGGAUUUACGCACCUUACAUGAUCUGGAAGAGCAGAGGAGUCCGCGAUGUCCAUGGCUGGCGACUCCAAACUAUCUGCUGUUGCAUUGCUGGACUCCCAGCGUCCCCUCUUUGGCUUGCAGGCCUUUACUCUCCUUCGAUGGCGGCAGUUGGUGCCUACAUUCCUCCACCGAUCUGGUUCGGUAUUUUCAUUUUCCUUAUGGAGAUCAUCACCCUCGGCUUCCCUAUCGUGGGCGUCUUCAAAGCCCAGAGCCUUCGACAAGAGACUUUAGAAGCCAUUGCUGAAUGGGAGAAGCGUCAGGCCCAGAACGAUCUCGAUGGCACUGUCGCUGCUGAAGGGUCAUUGAAGAGUCACAGUGUUUACUCCGACACCUACUCGAAGACAACGACCCUCAAGUCUGGUGGUGACAUUACCAUCAACACCUUAGAAUCCACCAAAUCCGGCAUGCUCACUAUGACAGCGUUGGAGAAUGCGCUCAGAACGAAUGCAGCUCCUCUUCUCGAAUUUGCAGCGCUCAAGGAUUUCUCAGGCGAGAACGUCAGCUUCCUUACUCACGUCGCCGAUUGGCGAAGAUACUGGUUCACACCCAAGGCUUCCACUGCGGACCACCGACGUCAGCAAUUCAUUGCCGCUACCCACAUUUACGCUCGCUUCAUUUCCCUCGAAUUCUCUGAGUUUCCGAUUAACAUCUCGUCCAGAGAGAUGAAACGCCUGUACAACGUCUUCAACAGCGCAGCUGUUGCUCUUUACCGUAACAAGCGCGGUUCGCUUUCCUCUGAAACUUCAGACUCGGCUACACCUUUCGACAACGUUCAGCCGGACGAUGCAUCCGCCGCCCAUUCGCACAAUAUGCCACCAAGCCCUACUGGAUCGACAUUCGGGCUGAAGGACCUGGAUGUACUUGGCCGUGCGAACUUACGAGCGGUAUCGCGCAUGGAUGGAAUGUACUCGGACGAGAAACUUAGCGACAUCGAGAUCCCCGACACUUUCGCAGAAGUCAUUUUCGACCCAGCUGAGAGCGAGAUCAAGUACCUGGUCCUUACCAACACCUGGCCGAAGUUUGUCAAUGCUGGGCGUGCUGCAAGCCGGGCCAGCAAAGACGAGGAGACAGGCAAUGGCUGGAGGCAGAAGAUGCUUUGCGAUCGAAACUAGUUCUGUUUUCGCGAUUCUGGGAUGUUGCAUGAUGCUUAUGCCUCUCACGGGCCGACGUUGAUGUGGUUUCUUCGAGUUCGAGGUCGUACCACUUGGAGGCUUCGCGAAACUGCUAAUGUAAUUAACAUGAUACCUAUUUCUGUUCUCAUAUUGUUGUCUUAUCUUUUGUGAC